AUGGCAAUGGCAUUUUCAAGAGAUGGUGAAGAGAUUAGUCCAGCUGCAAGGUUGUUUCAUUCACCAUCCUUUAACUGUUACGUGAUUGCGAUACUUGGUUGCAAGACAAACAUCAAUGUUCAAGUUAUUAAAGAAGGUUUAUGUCAUACUCUUCUUAAGCAUCCUAGGUUCACCAGCAAACUUGUCAAGAAAGGGAGAAAAACAAGAUGGACACAAACAACAGUUGACUUAGACAACCAUAUCAUAGUUCCACAAAUAGAUUCCAAACCAGAUUACCCAGAUAGGUUUGUUGAGGACUACAUUUCAAAUUUUACGAAAACACCCCUAGACAUAUCUAGACCACUAUGGGAACUUCAUCUCCUGAACAUCAAAACCUCAACUGCAGAAUCUGUUGGAAUAUUCAGAAUCCACCAUUCACUUGGUGACGGUACCUCUCUUAUAUCACUUCUCAUCGCAGGUACUCGCAAAACCUCUGACCCUAACGCAUUACCAACUGUCCCUACAACAAAUAAGAAAAAUGUCUCGGUCUCAAAUGCGCGCAGAUGUUCAACUCUUGUCUCGUUUUGGAUGAGUGUUUUGUCGGGGUUUAGUCUGAUUUGGAACACUAUUGUAGAUGUUUUGUUUCUUGUUUUAACCAUUUUGUUCUUUAAGGACACUCAUACUCCUUUAAAAGGCUCACAUGGGGUUGAGCUCAAUACCAAGAAAUUUGUCUAUCGUACCGUUAGUAUGGAUGACAUUAAACUCGUCAAGACCGAAAUGAAAACGACCGUCAAUGAUGUUUUGUUGGGGUUAGCACAAGCUGGUAUCACUCGCUACUUGAAUCGAGAAUAUGUAGGCGUGGAAGAUAAAAAUGAUGGUACCGCAACGCUGAGAAAAAGUAAUAUCCCUAACAAUAUUCGCCUCAGGGCUUCGAUUCUUAUUAACAUUAGACCUUCUCCUGGAAUUCAGGAUUUAGCAGAUAUGAUGGCUGAGAAAGGAAAAGCCAAAUGGGGUAACAAAAUGGGAUAUGUAACCUGCCCUUUUAAUAUUGUCUUACAAGAAGAUCCAUUGGAAUAUGUUCGUCAAGCUAAGGCCACAAUUGACAGAAAAAAACACUCUUUGGAAGCUAUUUGCUCUUAUGCUUUUGCAAAAUUGGUUCUCAAUUUAUUUGGAGCUAAGGUUGCUGGUGCCAUAGCAAGAAGGGUUUUAUUUCACACUACUGUAGCAUUUUCUAAUGUGGCUGGUCCAGUGGAAGAAAUUAGCUUCUAUGGACAUCCUGUUGCAUACAUUGCUCCAAGUGUAUAUGGACAUCCACAUGCACUAACCAUUCAUUUUCAAAGUUAUGCUAAUCAGAUGACAAUUUCUCUGGCAGUUGAUCCAACUAUCAUUCCAAAUCCUUACCUCUUAUGUGAUGAUUUAGAAGAAUCACUCAAACUCAUUUGUGAUAAUGUUGUUAAGCAAAGGCACAUUGCUGAAAUUAUUUAA